UGGUGUUUAUCUGAAACUCAAAUGUAACUGGGCAUCCUGUAUUUUAUCUGGCAACCCUACUAAGGAGAAAAAUUCCUAUUUUGUCUUUCAAGUUCUAAGUCAAAUGACUAUUCCUAAAGUCUUCAGUGAUUUCUCUGGGUAGUUUGUUUUUCCCUUCUGUUCUUUUAUAAUCUCACCUGCAUCUAUCCAUUAUAAUAUAUAUUACUCUGAUUGUAGGCGCCUGAUCCUUCCCAUUCCGACCUUUUAUCUUUUGUGGGGAAAGCGUUUUAUGUUCAUCUCUGAAUUCCCAACCUUGGGGAUGUUGAAUGAUUGAAAUGGUAAUUGAAUAAACAUUUACUGAGAGCCAGUUGGUUUAAGAGGAGGAAUGAAGGAGAACCAGCAUUUAUUAAUUGCCUUCUAUAUGCUAAAUAUAGUGCUGAUUGCUUACAAUAUUUAAUGCCCCUUAGGCCUUAUUAAUAAAAUGGACGGGCAGUCUUUGGCCGCAGGAAGAUCACGUUCUCCUGAGGCCUAUAACAUUUGGCAUAAAUAACUGAUGCCAUUCUAGUCUCUGUAUCUCCUUUCUGAGAAAGCUCGACCUGGGCCUAGUUGGCGUAGAACUCCUGUUUCCAUAGAAACAAGAGGGUCUGUAAAAGUCGAGGGAGACAGGAAGAGCAGUUUGCACUUCCGGCUUACGUCAGAGACGCGUACAACGCGGAAGUUGGCGCAGCGCGGUUGCUUAUGGUUGCUCCAUGAGAGGAUGCCGCUCGUGGUGUUUUGCGGGCUGCCGUACAGCGGCAAGAGCCGACGAGCUGAAGAGUUGCGCAUGGCGCUGGCUGCCGAGGGCCGCGCGGUGUACGUGGUGGAUGACGCAGCUGUCCUGGGCGCAGAAGACCCAACCGUGUACGGCGAUUCUGCCCGGGAGAAGGCAUUGCGUGGAGCUCUGCGAGCCUCCGUGGAACGGCGUCUGAGUCGCCACGACGUGGUCAUCCUGGACUCGCUUAAUUACAUCAAAGGUUUCCGUUACGAGCUCUACUGCCUGGCACGGGCGGCGCGCACUCCGCUCUGCCUGGUCUACUGCGUACGGCCCGGCGGCCCGAGCGCGGGACCUCAAGUGGCGGGCGCGAACGAGAACCCGGGCCGGAAAGUCAGUGUGAGUUGGCGGCCACACGCAGAGGACGGGAGACCCCAGGCGGCGGGCAGCAGCGUCCUCAGGGAACUGCAGACUGCGGGCUCUGUAGUAAAUGGAAGUGCCCAGGCCGACGUACCCAAGGAACUGGAGCGAGAAGAAUCCGGGACUGCAGAGUCUCCAGCUCUCGUGACUCCGGAAUCGGAGAAAUCUGCAAAGCAUGUGUCCGGUGCCUUUUACUCUCCAGAACUCCUGGAGGCCCUAACGCUGCGCUUUGAGGCUCCCGAUUCUCGGAAUCGCUGGGACCGGCCUUUAUUCACUUUGGUGGGCCUAGAGGAGCCGUUGCCCGUGGCGAGGAUCCGCUCUGCCCUGUUUGAGAACCGGGCCCCACCACCCCAUCAGUCUACGCAGUCCCAGCCGCUCGCCUCCGGCAGCUUUCUGCACCAGUUGGACCAGGUCACGAGUCAAGUACUGGCCGGAUUGAUGGAAGCGCAGAAGAGCGCUGUACCCGGGGACUUGCUCACGCUUCCUGGUACCACAGAGCACUUGAGGUUUACCCGGCCCUUGACCAUGGCAGAACUGAGUCGCCUUCGUCGCCAGUUUAUUUCCUACACUAAAAUGCAUCCCAACAAUGAGAACUUGCCCCAACUGGCCAACAUGUUUCUUCAGUAUCUGAGCCAGAGCCUGCACUAACCAGAGGAGGUAGGGAGAAGCCAUGGCUUCUAAUCUCCACUCCACAUUAUUUCUCUGGGAAGAAUAGGCGGAAGGUCUCCAGAGCAUAUCGAUGCAGUACUGUACUAGAGCUGUCCAGUCCUUGGGUUUACAGCAUAAGUUGA